CCUGUGGUCUUGAACAGCCCAAAGACCCAAUCAUUUCUGCGUCCAGACGCCAUUACCAAUCAGACUGUCAAAAAUGCCGAAGUCACUUCUCUGACAGAAAUGGUGGGAUGGGUGUCAUCGAGCCGCGACCGCGGCACAGUCGAUAUUCUCCGGUCAAGCUGUCUCACCAUCUUCCUCUGCGUUUGGAUCGCAACGUACCCUUAUAUACCAUCAAUCAACGACAAGUGGUACCACCGCUUCAUCGACAAAGCAAAUAUGGCGUGCAUUGGCUUUUUAGGCCCGGACUUUCUCUUUGGUCUUGCCAUUGGGCAGUUAGCCAGUGCACGUCGCAGUGUCAAAAUAUUUCGUGAUAGCAAUCUCGUCCCGGAAAGGCAAAGCUGGACCCUCAGCCAUGGCUUUUUUGCCGACAUGGGAGGCUUCCAGCUCAAAGCUCCCGACUUUCCCAACGGGUUCCCCAUUAACGCAGAGCAGCUAUUCUACCUCGUCAAGCAUGGCCACCUUGACUUUCCCGUUCUUACGAAGGAAGAAAUAUGUCAAAGAAGUCGUGUGGACGAGCUUUCGAGAAUUAUAACCAUAUGGCAGGCUUUAUGGUUCACCAUCACAGAGGUCCAGAGGGUUGCCAACGGCUACCCAAUGACCACUUUGGAGUUAACGGCCAUUUCAUUUGCCGUUGUCAUGAUGGCCACAUCAGGAAGCUGGUACUUCAAACCAUCCAUAACGCAAGCCACCUACCUCAACACAAAGAACCAGCGCACAGUGAAGCUGAUUAGGAAGCAUGCUCGUUCCACUACUUUAUAUCGCGCCGCAAGUUUCCACAUCGACAAACAUUGGUCGUAUUACUGCGAGCUCUCGCACAAGUUCAAGGUUCCACUGUUCAACCGCCGCAUGACUACAACUCCUUGGGACCGUUUCCCCUCGGAGCUGUGGUUCCCCGUUGAUGGGUGGAUUAUCCCCUUCGGGCUGGCUGUCCAGGUCCCUUUUUGCGUUUGCUUCCUUGUCGCGUGGGACUUUCAUUUCCCCACCGCGCAUCAGAGCAGCUUCUCUGGCGGAUUUGCGCGGUCUAUCACGCCUUGUUCUCUCUCUUCGGCACUGGAUACUACAUGUUUGGUUCCUUCCGAGACGCUGAGAGAAUGGUGCCCUUACCAGGUUUUGCAUCCAGCCUCGGCACAAUCACAACAUCAUCGGCGACCGUUGCCGCACAACCAGCAAGUCUCCAGCGCCACGAAAAGGCCCUGA